UCUUCUUCUUCUUCUUCUUGUUCUGGAUCAAAUCAAUUAGGGAUUGCUCUGUUUUGGUACUCUGUUUUUUUUUGCAGGUAAAAUUCUGAAGAAAUCUGGUGGGAUUGAUUCCUUAGCGAUCUGACCCCUUCUCAUGAUUAGUUUUCGAUCUUCGAAUAGACCAAUUGCGAAACUCUCAUCUAAAACUCCCUUCUCCUAUUCGAUCUCCUAUCUCUUCCUACCAUCCAACGUCUUCUUCAUACGCUACUUCAACUGCUCUAGAUUUCGUCUCAAAAUCUGUCCUUUAUAAUCUAAGCCUUUCAUAAAGUCUCGUCCUUUACGUUCGAUUCUGAAAACUCCGUUCUCAUAUUCAUGGCUGGCGGAAACUGGAUUGUUUCGUUUGAGGAUCUUCCUUGUCAUUUGAUCUUGGAGGUGUUGACAUCUGGGAGGCUCAAUGCGUUUGAUCUGCUCAGCUUGGAGCUGACCUCGAAGAAGGUUUUCGGAGGGAGCUGCUUUGGAUUGUACCCUUUGAAGUUCAGGUCGCUAGCUGAUUACGCGGCGUCUCAGCUUUGCUCUGUGCAUCCUGUCUAUGUUGGAAUGGGUUUGGCUACGCAGAAGGAGCUUUUCGCUAACUGUGAGGGGAACUGGAAGAGGCUUUUGAGGUUCUUGCAGUCUGUUGAGCAAUCCUCGGAUAUGGUUGAAACCUCUGCAGGCAAUAUGCAAGUUACAACGGGAAGGUAUCACACGUUGCUAAUCAACAACUCAAAGGUUUACUCUUGUGGGUCGAGUUUGUCUGGUGUUCUUGCUCAUGGACCAGAAACUACUCAAUGCGUUGCGUUUACGCCUGUGGAGUUCCCCUUCUCUGCUCAAGUAGCUCAAGUCUCAGCCACACAGAACCACUCUGCUUUUGUAUUGCAGUCUGGAGAGGUUCUCACAUGUGGUGAUAAUUCAUCGCAUUGCUGUGGCCAUUUAGAUAUCAGCCGUCCAAUAUUUAGGCCUAAGCUUGUUGAGGCUUUGAAGGGAUCUCCUUGUAAGCAGGCCGCUGCAGGGCUUCACUUCACUGUGUUUCUAUCAAGGGAAGGGCGUGUGUUUACUUGUGGAUCAAACACACACGGACAGCUUGGUCAUGGAGAUACCUUGGACAGACCAGUACCCAAAGCUGUUGAGUCUCUUCAAAGCGUUGGCCCUGUGGUGCAAAUUUCAACGGGACCGAGCUAUGUUUUAGCUGUAACACAAGAUGGCUCGGUGUACUCGUUUGGCUCUGGAUCUAGUUUCUGUCUUGGUCAUGGAGAGCAGCAGGACGAGCACCAGCCGCGUGUCAUUCAGGCUUUUAAAAGAAAAGGUAUCCAUAUACUCCGCGUCUCUGCAGGGGAUGAACACGCCGUGGCACUUGAUUCCAUUGGCCGUGUAUACACAUGGGGUAAAGGUUACUGUGGUGCUCUAGGCCAUGGAGAUGAAAACGACAAGAUCACUCCUCAAGUUUUGGUCAGUCUCAACAGCUGCCUCGCUGUCCAGGUGUGUGCAAGAAAGAGAAAGACUUUUGUAUUAGUGGAAGGUGGAUUGUUGUAUGGUUUUGGGUGGAUGGGAUUUGGAAGCCUUGGCUUCCCUGACAGAGGAGUUUCUGACAAAGUCCUGAGGCCAAGAGUGUUGGAGUGUCUGAAACAACACCGUGUGUGUCAAGUAAGCACAGGUUUGUAUCACACCAUUGUGGUGACUCAAGGUGGUCGCAUAUUCGGGUUUGGGGAUAACGAAAGAGCUCAGCUUGGUCACGACUCGCUCCGUGGCUGCUUGGAACCUACCGAGAUCUUUCUUCAUUGUGGCCGUUCUCGUAGCCGACUUUAUUGAUCCAAGAGGUAAAUAAACAAGCCUGUUUGUAUGAACCGGCUUGAGAUUGGGUUAACCGGUUAGUGUCUUUUGUAUGAUUUGUAUCUUUUUGAUGUUUUUUUGUUAGUCCAUGACUGUAUCAAAGAUAUUUCCGGUAUGAAUUGUAAUGGAAUGGGAAUGACGUCGAUCCACCUUUGGAAUGUA